UUUUUAAUUAUAGAGGAAAAACCGUCAAAGGUACGUUUUGUUACGAGAGACGAAUGGGGCGCUCAACCAGCUGCUGAGCCAUUGGAACCGCUCAAACUUCCUGUACCGUACGUGAUUAUCAGUCAUACAGUAACCGAUUUUUGCACGACCCAGGCGGAAUGUACGUUUCGUGUCCGGUUCGCGCAAACGUUUCAUAUUGAAUCUAGACACUGGUCAGACAUCGCUUAUAAUUUUCUCGUUGGCGGCGACGGACUUGUAUAUGUUGGCCGCGGUUGGAACUAUGUAGGCGCGCAUUCUUUCGGGUAUAAUAAUAAAAGUAUAGGCAUUUCCUGCAUCGGUACAUUUAACAGUUUAAAACCGUCUAAAACUCAACUGUAUGCUUUGGAAUUGCUUAUUGAAACGGGUGUGGAACUUGGUAAAAUUGCGAAGGAUUAUAAAUUAUUAGGACAUCGGCAAAUUUCGCAGACUUUGAGCCCGGGAGAAGCGUUAUACAGCGAACUCAUCACUUGGCCUCAUUGGUCACUAAAUGUAUGACGAAUUUGUAAUACAAGACCCUUAUUACGGUUGCAAUUUAAGGUGAGACAUUUUAUAGGCAAUAGAAAUGAAUAAAAAGACAUGUUUUCAUAACAACGUUAUUUAGUAAGAAAAUAUAUAAAAUAAUUGCAUAUGUGAAUAUUGUAAUAUAUAUAUGUACACGUGUACGCAUG